AUGAUCUUAGAAUAUCUUAUCCUGAUGAUCUUAGUCAGGAAAAUAUCGAUGUCAACAAGAUUACCACUUAAUGCAUCAUGGGAUCAAAAUGGUACUAUAGUCAUCGGAUCUCCAAAUGGAAUGGAGGGAACAUCGCUUACUCAGCUCUCUCAUCCCGUGGGAAUAACAAUUUCAGAUGACGAUGUUCUUUAUAUUGCUGACACAGAAAAUUAUCGUGUUCUUGUCGUUGAUCUUAACAAUAGCACGAGCACCUAUGCUAUAUCUAAUCUAGAACAGUCUGAUGUACACUAUGACGUUUUCAUCUUCAACACAUCUCUCUACGUUCUUAACUUGAACAAGAAACGAGUGCAAAAGAUGUCCCUAAAUGGUUCCAACUCAGUUAUGGGUACUAAUCUGAGUGAACUAGUUUCGCCAACGUAUAUGUUUAUAGACAAGAAUGGGAAUAUAUAUGUUAGUGAUACUGGUAGUCAUCAAGUGUUCGUUUUUCGAUCAAAUUCGACACGUGGCUCAGCUGUCGCGGGUAAUGGAACGAAUGGAACGACUUAUGAGCAACUAAAUCGACCGUAUGGAAUACUUGUAAAUGAUGUCGGAACGAUCUAUGUUGCAGAUUGUGGAAAUAAUCGGAUCAUGAAAUGGGCAUCUGGAGUGCAAUCUGGCGACGUAUUAACAAAAGUCUAUGCACCAACAGAUAUCAUUGUUGAUGAAAAUGAAUACAUGUAUAUUGCUGAAGCCGAUAAAUCCCGGAUAACUCGAUAUGCUCCCGAUUCAACGUUUAGUGCAUGCAUUGUUGGUUGUACAGACAUAUCUGGAAUUGUAACAAAUCAAUUGAGUGGUCCACACUCAUUAGCAUUCGAUAGUCAUGGUUCACUUUACGUCUGUGAUUGGGGAAAUCAUGGAGUACAUAAAUUCGAACUUCUGAACUCUCCUACUGCGUACAAUCAGCCAAAAAUUAUUGCCAAUCAAACAUGGGAUCAAUGUGGAAACACUAUUAUCAAUGGUACUGCUUUGAAGUUCUAUCCUCUCGGAAUGUUCAUUGAUUCAAAUGAUACAAUAUACGUAGCUGACACUACCAACAAAUACAUUCGUAUUCAAUCGAAAGAAAACCUUCAAUCACAACGAUGUUUAACUGCUAACUUGUUUCGAUACACAAACUUAUUUGUGACAUUGAACGGUGAUAUUUACUUUGAAAAUGGUGGUGAAAACGGUCGCAUAGAAAAGUUCACGUCAAAUUCAACAAACAGUUCAUUUGUAGCUCAGUUUUCAGGAAACUGUUUUGGCCUUUUUAUUGACAUCCGAAAUAAUCUUUAUUGCUCCGUUAGACAUGAACAUCGAGUAGUGAAAAUGAUGUUAGAUGAUGACACUCGUACAGUGAUCACAAUUGCUGGAACAGUAAAUAAAACAGGAUCACGACCAUACGAAUUAGAUCAACCUUGGGGGAUAUUUGUUGAUGCUAAUUUUAAUUUAUACGUGGCUGACCAUCAAAAUAACAGAAUUCAGUUUUUUCCACAUGGAAAAAUGAACGGAACAACAGCAGCCGGAAGGAAUAGUUUAACAAACUUGACGUUAGAUCAUCCAACUGAUAUUAUCCUUGACGGUGAUAAUGAUUUGUAUAUUGCUGACAAUAGAAAUCAUCGGAUAGUUCGAGUACGAAACGGUUGGCAUGAAUGUAUCGUCGGCUGCAGUGGACAAUCAGGAUCGGCAUCAGAUCGGCUUAACAUUUCGUAUUCUGUUCGUUUCGAUAGUGUAGGUAGUUUAUAUGUUGCUGAUGAAAGGAAUCGUCGCAUUCAGAAGUUUGGUAUUUCAGGCAAUUCAUGUGCAAUCUCCACAACUCCUGAAUACACGACAAGUUCAUGUCAAACUUCAACAAAUGAACUCACAACGAUAAGUACAAAGCCUACAACAACUUCGAACUAUUUUCUGGCACCGUUAUGCGAGAUCUCCACAAAUAUCGGCUGGAAUUGUAAUAUAUCUGGUACAAUUUGCGAUAUACAACAACCAUGUUUACACAAUGGCACUUGUGAUAGUAUAAAUCAUAACCAAGAUUAUAAUUGUUCAUGUGUGCCUCACUUUUCGGGCAAGCAUUGUGAAGUUGAUGAACGUAUCUGCAAAGAAAAUACUUGUUUGAAUGAUGGUAAUUGCAGCGUAGCAUCGAAUUCCACGUACCGCUGCACGUGUUCACCCGGUUACGAAGGAAUGCGGUGUGAAAAACGAAUCAAUUAUUGUUUAAAUAUCACAUGUUACAAUAAAGGUGUUUGUCGUCCUUUAUUACUCGAUUAUAGAUGUGAAUGUCUCAGUGGAACUUGGGGAAAGCAAUGUGAAAACAUUGAAACAAAGAUUACUAUCAUUAAAAUCGUAGCAAAAUCGUUUGCUUAUAUUGCAAUUUUAGCCAUGAUAACUGUGGCAUUGUUUAUCAUUAUUAUGGAUGUUUUGAAAUAUUUUUUUGGUAUUGAUCUGACUAAGAAAGAAGUCGAACGUAUUCGACGCGCAAAGAAACGUCGACGACCGGUUAUUCAACGAUUCGUUUAUGUGAAUGCUUUACCUUCAUCGAAAAAACGAUCACUUUCACCGAUAGUUGAAGAAGUUACACACGCAUCGUAG